AUGGCCUCAUCCAUCGACACUGGAGAGAUGACUGCCGCCGAGCGUCUUCAAAAGAAGCACGAGGCGGAAGCUCACAAGGUGUCAAUGGAAGAAGUGCCUGACGAAGACGCUCUCGCCCAUCCACCACCCGCUGCCUCCACCGAUGCUCCUCCGGCCUCCAAAGCUGCUGGUAAGCAGCCUGUCCGCGAUGCGCCGCCUGCUGCCUCCAACAAGCCCGCCCUCGACACCCAGUCCGAGGAGCUGUUCCCAGCCCUCGGUGCUCCCAAGCUUGCGCCCACUGCCGCCCCAAGUAUGUGGUCCAAGAAGCCAGCUACCGUCGGAAAGGCGGCUAACGGCGUCUCUGGUACCGCUGUCAAUGGAACUGCAGCUACUGAUGCCUCUUCCCGCACCUCGACCCCUGUCUCACGUACUGCGACUCCUGGCUCCACCGUUGCCUCUCAGCGAGGCCCGACGCCGCAGAUGACCCUGCCCGGCCGCUACAGCGAAUCCAUCCAGUUGCACCCAUCGAUGAUGACCCCUCGCAACCAGCUGAAGAAGCCUGUGGCCGAUAUUCUUCGUGAUAUCAACAAGCGCUCCAAGGCAACCGUAGAAAUGAAGCUGGGUCAGAGCGGCAACGUCAUCUUUACAGGUACUGGUCCGGUGGAUGCUGUCCGUGUGGCUCUGAAAGAGGUUGCUACCCAGCUGUGCUCGAAGCAAAAUAUCAAGGUUCCCAUUCCUGCUAGCACUCGUGGAAGGAUUGUCGGCAAGCAAGGUGCCACAAUUCAGGCCAUCUCGAAGAAGACGGGUGCCAAGAUCAACAUUUCCAAGCAAGAGGCGGCUGAGAUUCUCGACGAUGACGACAUGGAUGCUACUGUGGAUGUGGUGAUUGAGGGAGACCCAUUCGCCGUUCAAAUGGCCAAGCAGGACAUCGAGAAGAUAGUGAACGAACACACUUCGUCUGCCAACACUCGAUUGAAGCACGUGCCUGCGGAGUUCUAUCCCUUCCUGCGCGCUCCAUAUAAUCAGCGUCUCAACGCUCUGCAACAAGAGCGCGACCUGAAGAUGCAAAUCCCGCAGUAUAGCAACUGGAGCCAGCAGCCUCCUCAGAAUUCCGCAAGCCGCGGUCCGCUCUCCUUCGCUCCCCAAGCUGGUCUUCCAAUCCAGAUUUCGGGUGAUCGACAGGCUGUCGCUGAGGCUAGAGCCGAAAUCGAUCGCCAAAUUCAACAACUGCAGCAGCAGCUCACUCUGGAGCAGAUGAACGUCGAACGCGGUAAGCAUCAAUUUAUUACCGGUGGACGAGGCUUUUCCCUGGACGACUUCCUCCAAGAGACCGGUUGUUCGAUUAUCCUGCCUCCGCCGCACGAGGAUACAGAAGACAUUACCAUCGUCGGACCUGCCGAUAAGAUCCAACAGGCUAUGGACAAGAUUAUCGAAAUCUCGGCCAGCAUGUUCUCAGCAAACGCCGACGUAUCUCGUUCGCAUCCAAGUGCUCCCCGUGGCGGUCAGGCCCAUGCUGCAGACAUUGCGCGAUACUUGAGGCAGCGUCGUGCAUUUGAGGAGAUUGAAAGACAGCACGACGCCAGCAUCGUACCGGAAAGGAAUGGUGCCUGGCAAAUUUACGCCCGCGAUCCCAAAGCUGCCGAAAAGGUUCGCCAAGAUGUGAUCAAGCUGGCCCAAGGUCAUCCUCCAAGCCGAUUCCGACCUCUCCAGGUCGAUCCAUUCUACCACCAGCACCUGCGAGAACAGGCCUCUAGGUCAGUCCGCGAUCAGCACGGCGUGCACCUCUUGAUUCCCGAUGAGUCGGAAGACGCUCCGGUCUUGCUUGUCUUUGAGGACCGCGUACCAUCGCCAGAGUAUCAGCCCGCACGUGGCGCACCAUCGCAGCAAGAUGUGCAAGCUUUCGAGCAGGCACUCAAAGCGGCUGAACAGGAGAUCCUGGGCCUUGUUGGUAGCAAUCAAAACAUUGUGUCUCACGACAUGGAGGCUCCAGUCAAGUUCCACGACAAAAUCCGAAGGCACGUUGACCGCCACCACCAGUCGCUUCCAGAGGGACGGAUACCAGUCCAGACAACAUUUGGUGGCCCUACCCAGCAGAGACGCGCUGCUCCGGCCCCUAACGUCAGCUUACGCGGACCACAGAACGAUGUCGAUGCCCUUGUGCAGAUUCUCAAUGCCUUUAUCGAGCAGGAACACCAGGACGAGUUGGAGAGAGGCUUUACUUUGAACUUCGACUUCCCUCAGCAGUACGCUAAUCACCUCAUCGGCCGUAAAGGCGAGAACAUCAACCGCCUGCGCGAAGAGUUUGAUGUCGAUAUCCAGCUCAACGACGGCAAGUGUGAAGUCAAAGGACCUGAGGCAAAGGCAAACGCUUGCAAGAAGCACAUUCUGGAUCUUGCGAAGAAGCUGGAGGAUGAAUCCACUCACCAUCUUCAUGUGCCGGCGCAGUUCCACCGAGACUUGAUUGGCGCUCAGGGCGCACAGGUGAACAAGCUCCAGGAGCGAUACGGCGUGCGGAUCAAUUUCCCACGUAGCAAGGCAAAUGACGAUGAGAAUGGAGAGGAGGUCCGGAAGAACAACCAGCAGCCUAACGAGGUCGUCAUCAAGGGACCAAGUCGAGGUGCUGACGCCGCGCGCGAUGAAAUUCUCAGCCUCUUGCAGUACAUCAAGGACACCUCGUACACAGCCACCGUUUCCGUUGCACAGAACCAACUGCCGUCUCUCAUCGGCGCCGGCGGUAAGGAGAUGGAUGCGCUUCGCACCGAGACGCUUGCUCAAAUUGAUGUUCCAAAUGCUCGAGAUGCCGCCAGCCCAGAUGGACGUGCCGAGAUCAAGAUCAAGGGCUCGAAGCAGGCCGUCGAGAAGGCCAAGAAGAUGAUCGAAGAGAAGGCUAAGGUGUUCGACAACACUGUGGUGCGCAAUCUCGACGUUGACAGGAAGCACCACCGUCUCAUCAUCGGACCACAAGGUACGUCCUACUUAUUUGAAGCAUGUACUGGAGUUUCGCGACAGACUUUACUGACUCUUCAUAGGCACAAACCUCCGCAACAUGAUUGUCAAAGCAGGCGGCCCAGAGGACCAGCGUUUGCACAAUAGAAUGAUUCGUUUCCCAAAGACCGACGUUGAUGGCAACUCCAUUCGCAUUGAGGGACAAAAGCCUGUAGUUGACAAUAUCUGCGCUGCAAUUGAGGCUCUUGUCGCCGACCAGGAGUCUCAAACCACCGAGGUCAGUACAGCGCCGAACCGUUUCCAUUACACCAUCAGCAUACUAACUGUGGCUAGAUUGCCGAGGUCAAGCCCGACAAGCAUCGUCUGCUCAUCGGACGUGGCGGCGAGACGAGACGUCAAUUGGAGCAGCAAUUCAGCGUCGCCAUCAAUAUCCCGCGUCAGAGCGAGACUGGUCCUCAGCGAUCACAGAUCAAGAUUUCUGGCAAGCCGGAGAAUGUGGAGAAGGCGAAGGCACACAUUCUGGAGCUCACCAAGGACCUUGAAGGCGAGACUGUCUCCGUGCCGAAGAAGUUCCACCACAUCAUCGCAGACAAUGGACAAUUCUUCCGCCGUUUGAGGAGCGACCACAAGGUAACGGUCGACCACAAUGGUCAGCGACCGCCGCCCAAGCCUGCGGCACCUACACCAAACCGUUCGGGCGCGACUCCGUUGAUUACCGACGAGCCAGGUUCUGGUGACAAUGCCCAUUCGUGGGAAGUGCACAAUCUGCACUCGUCUUCCGAGGAGGGUGAUAUCCCUUGGCUGCUCAGUGGGCCGUCUCCCGAGGCUGUACAAGCAGCAAAGGACAGGCUUACUCGAGCGCUUGAGGAAGCCAAGAGCCAGGAUACUGUGGGAUUCCUUAUUCUGCCAGACUCACGUGCCUACAGACACGUGAUCGGUCCUGGUGGUGCUGAGAUCAACCGCAUCAGAAAGGAGAGCGGCGCGAAGAUUCAGGUGCCACGGAACAAUGAAGGAGAGGCCAUCGAACUGACUGGCUCGAAGGAUGGCGUGGAGAAGGCCCGCGACCUCAUUCUUGAAGUUGUUCAAAACAAUGCUUAG